UCUGCGCAUGCGCCGUAAAGUGAUGCAAAAACGUGGUUAAAGUGAGCAAGGGAAACAGACUUAAAACGUCCCUAUUUGGUGUAAGUAGUAGACGACAUUGCCACUGACACGCACUAGUCGAUAGCUUAGACAUGGAUGGUGCUGAAGGUGAAAAGGAAAACAUUAUGGCAGGAGAAAACGGUACAGCAUCUGGUGCAGCGUCUGCACUUGAGACAAAGAUUAUUAACCAGAUAGAGUAUUAUUUUGGAGACAUAAACCUGCCACGUGACAGAUUUCUUCAGGAUCAAAUCACCCAGGAUGAUGGCUGGGUGACACUGGAGACGAUGCUCAAGUUCAAUCGACUGAAGAAGUUGAGUGAUGACCAUGAUGUUAUCUGUGCAGCUCUGAAGAAGUCUGCAAGUGGCUUGAUUGAGGUUGCCGAAGACAAGACAAAGAUCCGCAGAUCUCCCAGCAAGCCAAUCCCAGACAACACGAAGGAGAGGAGGGAGGAAGUCUCAGCCAGAUCUGUAUAUGCUAAAGGCUUCCCCGAGGAUCAAACUCUGGACCAGCUGCAGGAGUUCUUCAAUAAACAAGGUCAAGUGGAGAGCAUUUCCAUGAGACGCAUCCCCAAGACUAAAGACUUCAAGGGGUCUGUGUUUACUGUGUUCUGUAACAAAGAGGAUGCAGAAAAGUUUGUUAAAGCAGAGUCCUUAAAGUAUGGAGAAACAGAACUGGUCCGAUGUUUCAAAGAUGAUUACUUCAAGAGGAAGAAUGAAGAGAAGAAGCAGGCGAAGAAGCAGCAUAGUGAGGAUGUCAAGGAAAAGGAGAAGGAGCAAGAUGAUAAAAUCAGAGAUCGAAUUAAGACAGCCACCAUCUUGAGACUUGAUGGUCUCCCUGGUGAUAUCACACUGGAAGAUCUCCGCAACUUCUUCACAGACUUCGGCACAGUGGCCUGGGUUGACCACGACAAUGGAGAAACAAAGGGCUAUGUGAGGUUCACCAAUGAGAACGAGGCAACAGAAGUGUUGACUAAAGCUAAAGAGGCAGGAGAAGGGAAGAUUGAGAUCAACAAUAACGAAGUGACAGCUCGUGUGCUUGAUGGUGAGGAGGAACUCAACCACUGGAAAAUGAUCUUCAAGACGAUGGAAGAUCAGCGGAGGUCUCGCAACAAGCAAGGUGGAGGCAGGGGAGGCAAGCGCCGUAACAACCAAUACGGGGGAAGGGGAAAGCGAAGGAUCAACAGGGACAGGGACGGAGAUGGAGAACCUGCAGCCAAGACAUUGAAGACAGAAGACGACUGAGAAUGGGUCUCCCUGCUACUGAAAACAACACAAUCAUCAGAUGUCUCUGUUGUGCCUUUGUUUAUCACAGAAGACUCCACCAAGUUGAGGAGCAGAUGUGGACUAGGACAGGGGACCGGGGGAUGAGAGAUGAGGGGACGGGGGGAUGUGGGAACACAGCACUCAGUUAUUGGGACGUCUUGGGCCGACAACCAUGGACAUAGGGAUGUACAUUCAGAUUAUCUGUGGCUGUAUAAGAGAUGACAAUGUAGAUAUGUAAGCACUUGGAAAAGAGGUGGUGAAGUAACGCAUUCUAUGUUUUGUUUCACAUUUAUCAAGGGUGUUUCCAUUAGAUGUAAAACCAAAAGUACACAAGGUAUUGAUGAAUGGAAUAAUGGGUGUUGCAUCCUGUGUGAAACAAAUUUUUACAUGCUGUUGAGGAUAUUCACAAAAUUAAACGAUUAUUGUUUAAGGUGUCUCCACAUCAUCCAAAGCUAAAUGCUGGAUUCAAAUACAUUUUUGGACAUUGCAAUUAAGUUGCAGGCAGAAUAAUGUUUGCUGAUCCUGUCAGACCACUGAAGUUAAAAUAAAAAAUACUGGUAAGUAAAAAUGAUACAUUUUAUAUUUUAGGUUUUGGGAUUGAAAAAAAAUUGAUUGAAGUAAAGAUCUGCCAAAAUGUAAUGCAAAAGGUCAUGCUUGUUAUUCCCAGCUAAUAUCAGCGAGCCACUCCAAUAUUGCAAGGUGAAAAGAGGUAAAGAUUUUGCCAACAAAUGGAAACCUGUUGUUUCUUCAGUAUCAUAUGUAAUAGCACUGCCCCAAUCCUAACACUUUUUACCCAGUACUUCUACUGAAUUUGAUAAUUUUCUUACUCUGUUAAAAAGAUGUUUGAAAUACAGGUAAAGUAAGCAAGAUGGUUUGUUUUGGUCGAAAUACAGCACAAUAAAUUGGGUGAAAGUGUCUGCAAUAAUGUUGUGAGUAUCCACCCUUGGUAGCUCCGCCCAGUAAACUGUUGAGAGGUAUGGGUUGGCCCAGUAUCUUCAUUUACUCAUCUGUACGUAGUACAUUUCAUUUUUUAAUGUACUUUUUAUACUUUUGUUUGUUCCUAAUUUAUUUUAGAUAAGUUUAUAUUAAGUGAUUUGGAGACAUUUUCACCUUGUAUUAUGAAAGUUGAUGAGUACUAUUUUAAGACUAACUGUAGUUACAUUUUAUCGCCUACAUUUCCAUUUGUACAUAGUGUCAAUAAACUACAUUUAUCACUA